CUCAUCCCCCACCAUAACUCGACUAAAAGUCAAAGCAAAAACCUAAAACGCAGCAGGAAGGCGACGGCGACGCGCCGAUGGGCAACGCCGGAAGCAGCGGCCGCCCCAACCUGCCCCCGCCGCGGCCUCAUCUACACGGGGUGCCCCCGCCGUACUACCACCAGUACCCGCCAUGGCGCCCGGGCGCUGCCGCGCCGCCGCCGGUGCCGUUCCCCACGCACGUGGAGCGGCACAGGGCCGUUGCGGUGAGCGCCGGCGUCAACGUCAAGGGGCAUACCCUGCGGCUGGACCGCGACGACGACGGCGGCCACCUGCUCGCCUUCUCCUUCGACGCCGACGCCCCCGGGAGUAUAACAGUUUACUUCUUUGCACAAGAAGGUGAUGACUGUGUCCUGAAGGGUACAAAGGAAAAUUUGCUCAAACCUGUCACGGUAACAUUUAAGGAAGGUCAUGGUCAGGAGUUCAGGCAACCAAGUGGAACUGGAAUUAAGCUCUCAAUGUUUGAGGAAUCUGAGCUAACUAAGGUUGGGGAGGAUCGUGUAUUUCCUCUCGCAUUCAAAGUGGAAGUGGGUGUGCCAAGCAAGCAAGAGUUAGAAAGGAAACAUGAUGCCGAAGACUCGAAGUCUUUGGUUAAAUUUGCUGUGUUUGUUAAGAAAGACAGUGCUGAAUAUGGGAUCAACAUUGUGCAGCAGAUACUGUGGGUAAAUGGAACUAGAUAUGUCUUGCAGGAGAUAUACGGUAUUGGGGACAGGAACACAGCUGACAGGAAUGUAAAUGAGGAUGAUUCUGGGAAAGAAUGUGUGGUUUGUCUUACAGAACCAAGAGAUACAACUGUCCUUCCAUGCAGGCAUAUGUGCCUAUGCAGGGAGUGUGCUCAGACAUUAAGGUUCCAGACCAACAAAUGCCCCAUGUGCAGGCAGCCUGUUGAGAGCCUUCUUGAGAUUAAGGUUGAUAGCAUGCCCAGGCAUCAUGAAGGAGGAGAUCAGUAGUUUGGAAACCCUCAAAGGAAGUUCCGUUUGAUUGCUAGCAACUGUAAUUGGAUGUAUAUAUAUAUCGCGUGUUAAAAUGAAAUUACUGUGCUUUCGGCGAAGAACAUAACAUGAAAGGUAUGCACUAAGCUGACCGUGAUGUUCUCUUUGCGGGUGACAUGGAAUUUAAAACAGGCAACAUCUAUUGUCUGGUCUUGAGCUUUCAAAUCUACGACUGGUUCUAACGUUA